AGCCGAUUAGCAGCUCCAUCUCUCUGUCAGGAGCACCAACCUGGAUCAAAGGAAUAUUCAGACCCAGAUCUACACACAGCAGUGGAGUAAAUAUCCCACCACUAAGGGAACUGCACAAUCUCCAGAUCGCUGGACUUGCCUGGAUCUGCUUUUGCACCACCUGGAACAGGGAGAGAGAAGAAGCCAAAAGCAGGACCUGGCUGUAGUCAGAGGGCAGCUGGAGAUGUACGAGAUGAAGGCACCUGCUGCCCCAUCCUCUUCCUCGUCCAACCCUUCCUCCUCUCCUCUGUCCUCCUACUGUUCAUCCUUGGCCGGGGACUCAGAAAUAGACGUGGAGAGCCUGGAGAUGGAGGGAGAUGGGCAGCCUGAGCACUGCAGGGCAGUUGGGCGCCUUGAUGAUGAAGAUGAAGAUGAGGAGGAACAGGAAGGGUUCGAUGGAGCCCCGGCCAGUAAACUGGAGCAUCAGAAAGCCAAUGAAAAGGGAGGCGAACAAAGGAAGCUGAGCAGGACCCCCAAAUGUGCCAGGUGCAGGAACCACGGGGUAGUGUCGUGUCUGAAAGGCCACAAACGAUUCUGCCGCUGGAGGGACUGCCAGUGUGCCAACUGCCUGCUGGUGGUGGAGAGACAGCGUGUCAUGGCUGCACAGGUGGCACUCAGGAGGCAACAGGCCACAGAGGUGAGUGACAAGGGAGAUCAUUCACAGUGUCACAUACUCACAUUCCUGUCUCUUGUCAUCUACAUUCUGCCCUCUCCAAUGUACAUAACGGCCUAUAUCAUCGCUUGUGGCUCUAAUGUUCCAAUCUAAUAUGCCUUUCCAAUUGAUAUUUUUGUUUAGCCACAUUAUUGUCCUUGCCUUAAAUCACCAUCAUCCCAGUUAAUCUUGUACGUACAUUAUGAUACUAAGGACCUCAUGGCAGUCUUAUUUAUUAUAGGGCGCUAUGGGCUCUACUCUGUGUCAUAUAAUCUCAAACUCAGGUUCGAUGGGUCUGGCAUAACUUGAACCGAAUAAACGGGUAUCUGAAUUCACCCCAGACACCAAUGCUGUGCAGUGGGAAGGAAAGCGGUGCCUAUCAUAACUAUGACGGUCAAAUGGAGCAGUCUGGCACUGAGCAAGACCGCAUUAUUAGCAUUUACAAAUGAUUACCGUUAUUCGUUGAAUUAGAAAUAUCAGAAUCGAAAUAGCUUCAGACUGGCCUUAAUUUGUAAUCGUAUAAACAGAUAACUGAGAAGCUCCGACCAUACCCGAUUGCUCGUGUUCUGUUCUUUGCGCUGUUCUAGACUGGCGCAGAGGCUCCAAAUGUACUCGCUAACAUUGCCAUACACGUGACGCAAUGGCUCCAGCAGGUGCCAGGCACAAGCCAGACUGGCUAUAUAUAUAUAUUUCUAUUGAUUUGAAUUCACUUUACUUUUUCCAUACACGAACAGGAUUUCCUCUUGGCACGUUGCCCUUGUAACGCACACACCUAAACUUUCAUUCCCACUGUGCCAAUGUAUCAAUGUGCCCAAGCCACUUGUAUUUAUGCACAAAAUAAAUAUCUUCAUGUUUUCUA